CACUUCUCAUCUCCUCGAAAUACCAUAGUCGCCAUCCACGACAUCAUGACAACUCCCGCCUCCAGCAAAAAGCCCCGUUGUCGGGUCAGGGAAGCCGUCCCGGGCAUCCACCUGGGCUUCUGGCCGCCGGGACCCAGGAACAGCCUCACCGACGUCCCGGGGGUGCUUGUGCACACCGAGACCAUCCGCUCCGCCGACGGCCAGGUCAACACGGGCGCGACCACCAUCCUGCCCCGCAAGGACUGGUUCCGGGAUGCCUGCCACGCGGGCGUCUUCCGCUUCAACGGCGCGGGCGAGAUGACGGGCUGCCACUGGCUGGAGGAGACGGGCCUGCUGGCCAGCCCCAUCGUCAUCACCAACUCCUUCUCCGUCGGCGAUGCCUACCGCGGCGUCCUGGACUACGCCGUCGAGCACAACCGGGCCCACGGGACAAAGUGGUUCAUGCUGCCCGUCGUGGCCGAGACCUUUGACGGCUUCAUGAACGACCUCUACCGCUUCGCCGUCAAGCCCGAGCACAUUGCCCAGUCCAUCAGGAGCGCAUCCUCCGCCCCCGUGCCCGAGGGCAACGUGGGCGGCGGCACGGGCAUGCUCUGCCAGGGCUUCAAGGGCGGCACCGGCUCCAGCUCGCGCCUGGUCCCGGGCGUCAAGCUCUCGGCGGCGGCCGGUGAUGGCAAGACCAAAGAGACGUCGUGGACGGUCGCGGCGCUGGUGCAGGCCAACUACGGCCAGCUGCACCACCUGCACUUUGCCGGCGUGCCGGUGGGGCGCAUCAUGGCGGAGCAGCGCCGGGCCGACGAGGCGACGGCGGCCGCCGACAGGGCCUACGCCGAGGCCAAGGACGACAAGGACGGCAGCAUCAUCGUGGUCGUGGCCACGGACGCGCCCCUCAACCCGCUGCAGUGCCAGCGGCUGGCCAGGCGGGCGACGGCGGGCCUGGCCAGGGUCGGGGGCUACGGGCACAACCUGUCCGGGGACAUCUUUUUGGCCUUUUCCACGGGCAGCUCCGUGGUGGUGCAGACCGAGGGGGGCCAGCCCGCGCAGGAGAUUGCCGGGAGCAGCAUCGACGACAACACCAUCAAUGCGCUGUUCGAGGCCGCGGCCGAUGCCACGCAGGAGGCUAUUUACAACGCGCUCUGCAUGGCCGAGACCAUGACGGGGUUCGAGGGGCACACGGUCGAGGCCAUCGAUCUGGACAAGUUGAGGGAGAUUAUGGACAAGCACAUGGUGCGAUGAGUGUUGACCCCAGAUGGUUAGGGAGUGACUCAGUUGCGAGUUUUGUCUCCAGGUCAGUUACCAAAGUUAUUUAACCAGGGUGGUGGUACGGGCAAUGUAUGGUGCACAAGAGUCAAGACACAUCCAUGAGUGUGUUGCGUGGUGACGGCCAACAGAUGCCGUCCAACCUGGAUCAUGAAUCCAGCAAUUUUGCUUUCUUACCAAGUAAGUGAGAGCGGUGAGGGUAGAAGUAGUAUGGGAAAAGCAUUUGUGAGGGAGGCUACCUGGAGAAUUGGAACAUUUCUUUUCUUUUUUUUUCGAGCGUCUGAAACUCAAAACAUUUGCUAUAUAAGAGCAAAGAAAAGCUGGUUAUUCACUCCUGGCCUUGAGAGCUACUAGACAGCCGCGUCUGUUGCAAGCAGUGAUUGCCAGCUCCUCUUCCCAUUCUCCAGGGUCUCUGCUCUCCAUCUCGUAUUCCUGAAGCAUUCUGACCGUGACAUACGAGG